UUGGAAGACUCAUUUUCAUUUGCGCCCAAGAUGGGAAAGUGUAUUGAUGUUGCGCAUAUAUAUUUGGGCGUUUUAUUAUGCCUAGCGCACACAGUCUCCUUUUCCAACGAAGCCUAUUACAAAAUCAAGAAAAGUGAAUGCUUAGCUAAUAAGGACUAUUUUAGCAAUGUUUCGUGUGUUUUAAAGCCAAUAAGCUGGACUAGAUCAGUUUUGAACAUGGAUUGUGACAUAAAUGAUAUUUUAACGGAUAUUAAAAUGACCGUAGAUGUUUUCUACAAGGACUCUUCAUAUUUAUACAAACCAUUUCUCCUCAAAAUUAAGAUUGACAUAUGUCAACUGCUAAAGAGGAAAACCCAACAGAACUUUUUGGAAAAAUUCGCUAUUAACCAUAUUUUAGCGUUGACCAAUGUUAACCACAGCUGCCCACUUACGGUAAGUUUUAGAGUCACUGAGAACCCUUUUUUAAUAAACCAUUUUUUUUAGGGUCACUUGUUUGCGCGUGAUUUCCAUUUGGAUUUGGUGUCCUUGCCUGCACUGCCUCAGCUUGAUUACAAAAUUGCAUUUAAUUUUUCAGGUGCUAAGCCGGAGAAACAUUUGGGUGUGGUUUUAAUCUUUUUCGAAGUGGUCGAAGAUUAUCACAAAAACAGAAGGACAAAACCACAGGCAAAGUCGAUUGUUUCUGUUUGA